GGCGACCCGUUUUCGAUUUAGCUUGCAGCUGGAAGGCCUGAUCUGAAAGCUGGGUAUCUUGAUUGGGCUGCUAGCCUGGGCCUCAGAGUCUUGAGUGAGGGCGUCCGAACCUAGCAAGAGCGGAGCGCCAUGGCGGAUGGGCAGGCAUGCUCAGGAGCUGGGGACUGGGAGAUUGACGUGGAGAGUUUGGAGCUGGAGGAGGACAGCUGCGGGGUGCUGCCGCGGGCGAUGCCGCCUGGACCCAGCCCGCUGCCGGCUGAUGGCGACGCAGAGGACGACGAGGAUGAGGACGAGGAGGACGAAGAUGCGGAGGACGAGGGCGAAGGCGAGGAGGCGGGCGUGUCCCCAGGGGUAUCCGGCCGGCUGGAGCAGCCCGCGGGAUUGGCACCCAGGCCACCCCCGGCGCCCCAGACGCUACAGGCCGCUGCUGAAGUCCCUGAGCGUGGUGCCACCGCCGGCGGCCCCGAGCCUCGCAAGCUGAGCCGCACCCCCAAGUGCGCGCGCUGCCGCAACCACGGGGUGGUGUCCUGUCUCAAGGGCCACAAGCGAUUCUGCCGCUGGCGGGACUGCCAGUGUGCCAACUGCCUGCUGGUGGUGGAGCGCCAGCGGGUCAUGGCCGCCCAGGUGGCGCUCCGGAGGCAGCAGGCCACCGAGGACAAGAAGGGGCUUUCCGCAAAACAGAAUAAUUUCGAGAGGAAAGCAGUGUACCAUAGGCAAGUCAGGGCACCGAGUUUGCUGGCUAAAAGCAUUUUAGAAGGCUAUCGCCCAGUAACAGCGGAAACGUACCUAGGAGGGACCCUUCCUCUACCUCCACCUGUUAGUGACAGGAUGAGGAAAAGAAGAGCCUUUGCUGACAAAGAGUUGGAGAAUAUUAUGCUGGAAAGAGAAUACAAAGAGAGGGAGCUUCUGGAAACGUCCCAAGCUGCUGCUUUGUUUCUGCCCAACCGCAUGGUGCCAGGACCUGAAUACAGCCCCUACAAAAGUGCUUACAGCCCCACCCCCGGGGAGCUGCCAAGUAAGGACUUCUGUAAUUUUUUACCAGCCUGCCUUGAUCUCACUAUGCAGUAUUCAGGAACUGGGAAUAUGGAACUGAUUUCCUCUAAUGUCAGUGUGGCUACAACUUACAGACAAUACCCCUUGUCCUCAAGAUUUUUAGUUUGGCCCAAGUGCGGGCCCAUUAGUGACACCCUCCUCUAUCAACAGUGCCUGCUAAAUGCCACCACUUCUAUUCAAGCCCUGAAGCCUGGAGCCAGCUGGGACUUGAAAGGAACCCGGGUCCAAGAUGGGCUUGGUGCAGAACAUGACAUGAUGCCAUCCAAAUUGGAAGGUUCCCUGGUUUUGCCUCAUCUACCUGAGGUCCCAACAUCAAGAACUGACCUUCAGGGUCACCAGGUUGUCCCUGAGAGGUCAGCCUUCUCCCCACCCCGACGGAAUUUCUCUCCCAUUGUUGAUAUGGACUGCCUGGCAGCUCAAGGGCACGUUUUAACCAAGAUCAGCAAAGAAAACACUAGGCACCCUCCACCACUUAAACAUAAUCCAUUCCACUCAGUAUUCCAUCAAACACUCAGGGACAAAUCAGGUCCUGAGUUGAAAACACCAUUCGUCAAAGACGCCUUUGAAGAGAUCCCAAAGAAACACAGGGAGUAUUUGGUCAAAGAGAACCAGAAGUACACAUUUACAAUAGACAGAUGUGCAAAAGACCUUUUCGUAGCUAAACAAGUUGGAACAAAACUCUCGGUGAAUGAGCCGCUGUCAUUUUCUGUUGAAUCUAUUCUGAAGAGACCUUCAUCUGCCAUCACUCAUGUCUCUCAGUGAAAGGCUGCUUAAAUGGAAAGCUGGAUUUUAUGCAUCUCAGAGAGUUCUUGCUUUUUUAUUUGGAAGAUGUUUGUGUAAAGAAAUUUCUAAUGUAAAUGACAGUGAUUCCUAAAAAUUCUAUUUCAUCUGCAUGUAUCUUUUCUUACCACAUAAGUAUAUUUAAAGAUGAAGCCUGCUUAAUAUUCAAAUUGUAAAGUUCUAUGCUUUAUAUAGCAUUUCAAAAAGCAAUAAAAAUGACAGUCUUCUAAAGACCC